AUGCAUUAUAACCAGUUUCAGAUGGUAUAUAGUUCUUUAAAAUACACUUCUCUUUUUCUUUCUUUUUUAGGAGGGAUUGACCCCCAUACACAUUUUCAAUUCCCAUUUAUGGGUGUGACUUCAGUUGAUGACUUUUACAGUGGAAGCAGAGCUGCACUUGCUGGAGGAACCACCAUGAUCAUGGACUUUGCAAUUGAUCCAGAAGCAUCUCCUUUGGAUGCUUUCCAGAAAUGGAGAAGCUGGGCAGAUCGUAAAGUAUGUUGUGACUAUAGUCUUCAUGUAGGAAUUACUUCAUGGAAUGAUAAAACUGAAUCUGACAUGGAAGUUCUUGCUAAAGAAAAAGGAGUUAAUUCAUUUAAAGUUUUCAUGACGUAUAAUGAUUUUCAAUUAAACGAUAAGGAUCUCCUGCAAGUUUUUGAAAAGUGUGCUAAACUUGGAGCAUUGGCUCAAGUUCAUGCUGAGAAUGGUGAUAUCAUUUCCAUGAAACAGCAGCAACUCCUUCACUUAGGAAUUACUGGGCCUGAAGGUCAUCUCUACAGCAGGCCCGAAGACGUGGAAGCUGAAGCAACUAACAGGGCCAUUGUAAUUGCCAACAGUGUUAAAUGUCCUCUCUAUGUAGUUCAUGUAAUGAGCAAAUGUUCUGGAAAUGUCAUUGCUAAAAUGAGAAAAGAAGGCUAUCAAGUAUAUGGAGAAGUUAUUGCUGCAGCAUUAGGUGUUGAUGGUUCUCAUUAUUUCAGUAAGUGUUGGCAGCAUGCUGCAGCUUAUGUGAUGUCUCCUCCCCUUCGACCAGAGCGUGACACUUCAACAAAUUUGAUGAAAUUGUUGUCAUGUGAUGUGCUUCAAGUUACUGGAUCUGACAAUUGCACGUUCAGUACAUCUCAAAAAGAAAUGGGUAUUGGUGAUUUUACUAAAAUACCCAGUGGCGUGAAUGGAGUUGAAGAUAGAAUGUCAAUUGUAUGGCAAAGAGGAGUGAUGACAGGAUUACUUGACCCAUGCCGCUUUGUUGCUGUGACUAGCACAAAUGCUGCAAAAGUGUUCAAUAUUUAUCCUCGAAAAGGACGUAUACAAGCAGGAUCGGAUGCUGAUAUAGUUGUGUGGGAUCCUUAUGGCAAACGAACCAUAUCUGCAAAAAGUCAUCAUCAAAGUGUUGAUUUUAAUAUAUUCGAAGGCCUUGAAAUUCAAGGGAUACCUGAAUAUGUUAUAUCAAAAGGAAAAGUCGUCGUUGACAAUGGCAAAGUGAAUGUUACUCAAGGCGCUGGCGAUUAUAUUUCAACAGAAGUUUUUUCUCCUUUUGUUUAUGCCCGCUUACGACAACAAGAGAGCUUCCCACCACCUGUUGUUCGUGAUCUGCCAGGUGAAGCGCUUAAUACUUCAGGAGCAUCUGAAUUUACCCAAGUAAAAUCAAUACAUGAAUUUCAUUCGCGCCCACCGACUAAAAGUGGCGGCAGAAAUCUUCAAGAUUCAACUUUCAGUUUAUCAGGUGCUCAAAUAGAUGAUGCUAAAGGACAACGAUCUGGCAUACGCGUUAAUAAUCCACCUGGAGGCCAUUCCACUGGCCUGUGGUAAAUAAUUAUGACUGUUUUAUUUUUUCAGACUGCUGUUGUGUGGUCGCAUUUUGUCAUUUCCAAUAUUAUGGAUCAUAACUGAUUAUAGCAGUACUGAAUAUAAAUUCACUAUGUCUCUUUUGAAAUAACACUUUUUAUAAUUGCAGUGCUUGCUGAAAUUUUGUGAUGUUAUGCAAAUAAUUUGAAAUAUUUAGGUUUCUUUAUAAAUGUUUUCCCGUUAGAAUGAUAUUGUAUUUUCAUGUUAUAUGAUUUCAAUUCUACAGUUUGUUAAGAUUGUUAAAAAAUAUAAAAUUGUUCCUGAUUUAUCAUUUGUUCAUCAUUGUUAAACGUGUUCACCAGUAUGUCAAAACAGCUUCAAAUUCAAUUCUGUGCUGUUUAGUUUUGUGGUACAUGUGAUUUUUUAAUGUGUAUGAAGUCAUAUAACUUUGUAUCAUUUAACCAAAAUUUUGUAUUUUGAUUGUAGAAUUGCAUUUUAUAUUGAAUAACUUUUAUGUCUUAAAACUGAAUUGGUCUUUUUUGAAUUUUUUCAGUUAUUGUAUUUAUUGCAUGCAAGUCUAUAAGUGUAUUCAAAUAUAAUACUUUCAUUAGCUUCAGAAUGUAAAUUCAUUGGCAGAUGUUAUUUUUUGUGUCCUCCAUAUGUGCAGCCAUUUUUAAUUGAUAUCAUGUGUAAUGUUUGUUUUAUGCUUGACUGACUUUCUUUAAAACAGAAAAAAAAUCUCAAUUUCUCUGUGUAUAGUGUCAAAGAGUUCUUGUGUAUUUAAAAAUGGCAUUUUUCAUUUAUUAUUUUUCAUGUUUAUAUGGAAAUAAACAUUAUAAAGAAAGUUUAAGUCUUGUACAAUUGCACAAAUCUAAGCUGCAUAAAUAAUUGUUCUUACAUUGAACUUUUAUUGCUUUUCCUGUAAGUUUUGUCUUUUAUACGAAUGUUGAUUAAAAAUACUAUGCAAAAUUAUGUUAAGCAGCAGUUAAUGAAAAUAAACAACAAUGUUAUAUAUAA